UGCCAACGGGGCCAAGCCAUCGACCGAGCCAUGGUCCUUCCGCCAUACAACACCGUCGCGUGGGGGCUGCUCAAAGGAUAUCCGUGGUGGCCCGUGUACGUGUUCGACCCCAAGAAACUCCGCCCAGAUCUGUAUCAUCUUGGGUCGGCACACGCACAGAUUCUGAAGCGGGCACAGGAGGAACCCCAGAAAUGGCGCAUUGUGUACUACUUUGCCUCCUACGACUUUGGACUCCAUUCGACGACGAUGCUGAAGUCGUGGAACGGCAAAGACCACAACACUCUCAAAGCUGGAUACCCUGAGACGUCUUGCAUUGAAGGAAAGGUGGUCGAGUUGUUUAUGAAUGCGCUGCGCGAAGUCGAGGAUUACUUGAGCACGGCCGCGACGCAGCGCACGUUGCCCUACAUCAUCCCGUCGGAUUUGGAUCCGAAACUCAGUCCCCCUCGUCCCGAUAUCAUUGACUUGGUGGAUUCCGACGACGAAGGCGUUCAACCUGCUGGCCACCCCUCGUCUCUUGCGAGCCCGGCACCGCCACGACCCAUGCGCGACGAUACAGUGUCGAAUGUACCGUACAACUCUCUUGCAUGGGUCCGCCCCCAAGGCUUUCCGUGGUGGCCGGUGUAUGUGUGUGACCCGACGGAGCUUCGCGACGACUUGCACCACUUGGGUCGCAACCACGUCACGCUGCUGAUGCGAGCUCGAAACGAGCCAAACGACCACCGAUUGGUGUAUUACUUUGGACGCUACGUGUUCGGCCUGCUCAAAACCAAGUUAAAGCCUUGGAAAUGCGCCGAGCACGACAUGUAUGCGAUCGGCAGUCCCAGCGACAUGUUUGACAAGCGUGUCGAGUUGAUUGAGGAAUUCACGACGGCGUUGGCAGAAGCCAAUGCUUGCUUUCAACCUGGGCGCCCGAUGAUGCCGCCGACGAUCCCGUACUUGGAGCCGUCGGACCUGCACAAAUCCCUUCCCGCCCCGCCACCCCUCGUGGUCCCGUUCCUAUCAUUGGGGUGGACGUCCAAAGACGGGUACACAUGGCUGCCAGUGUACGUGUUGGACCCGUACACUGUGAAUCCGGUGCUGCAUCACUUGGGAAACAAGCAUGCCAAAGGGCUGCACGAGGUAUUAUCCAACCCAGACAACCUCCGACUCGUGUACAUCUUUGGCUGCCACGAAAUCGAAUCGCGACCGAACGACGCCGUCAAGCCGUGGCAAGGCCCUGAACACGCGGCGUUCGUGAAGGGGUUUCCCAAAGCAGUGAAGAAACCCAUCGCUUUGGACAUGUUGACCCAAGCCCUCAACGAAGCCAAGAACUUCGACAGCACCAACAAAGCGUCGCGACGACUGCCGUUUAUGAACAAGGAAGAUAUCCAGUACCGUGGAAACCCAAGACCUCCCGUGGCCACGUCGUCGAUAAAGUCGAAGGCGGCGACACGUCGCGCUGGAAUCCAAGACUCUGCCGAACAAAGGGGCAAGCGUGCGGAAAGCUUGUUCUGGAUCAAACCUGCGAAUCAAGCGUGGUGGCCAGUCUAUGUGUGCGACGCGCGAACAUUUCCGUCUAACCUGCACCUCUUGGGCAAGAGCCAUGCCCACCACUUGGCCAAUACCAAAGCCAAGAUGAAGCAGCAUCGCUUGGUGUAUUACUUGGGCCGCCACGUCUUUUGGAUGCACAAGGCGACGGAGCUGACGGCGUGGGACUGCCCCCACCAGGUCGACUACCUGAGCGCGCCGCCGAUUCCUGGAAACUCGGACGAAGAAUGCAGCGAAUUCACCAAUGCCAUCUCCGAAGCACUGCGAUUUCUCGAGUCCGGCGAGCUGCCAUAUUUAACACGUCACGACUUGGACCCGUCGUUGCCGUCGCCCGAGAAGGCUGUGAUCCCAUACAAUUCGUUGGCGUGGGUAUUGCGUGAUGGAUACCCGUGGAUGCCAGUGUAUGUGUGCGACCCGGCCAUUUUAAAGCCGACGUUGACCAAUCUGGGGAAUGCCCAUGCGCAAUAUCUGGAAACCGCGACACAACGGGCGACCAACUUUCGCCUCGUGUAUUACUUUGGCAAGCACGAAUUCGGCUUGCACCGAGCCAAGGGUGUGUUUCGGACAUGGCUCGGCCCUGACCACGACUACCUCGUGAAAGGGCUGCCCCGCUCCAUCUUUAUCAACAAGCACGGCCGCCAAUGGCGAUCCAGAAACGACUUUAUGUUCAACAUUUUCGACGCCGCCAUGCUCGAAGUCAAGGAAUUUAUCAACCAACCCGAGUCGCACCGCAUGCUGCCGCAGUUGGUGGCGUCGGAUUUCACGACAUCGCGCGUGCCGUUGACCAUCUUGCCAACAAGGCGGUCGAACAACAACGAUGACGACGUUGAUGCCCCGGCCAGACAAAGCCACAGCGACGACGAUUCGUACUCGAACGAGUCGGCGAGUGACCAAGGCGUGGACGUCGACUCGGACGACCAACAAGACGUGGCAAACCACGGAUCGAUGUAUGGAGUGAUGGCGUGGUCGCAGCGGUCGCCAACGUUGUGGAUGCCUGCCUACGUGUGCGAUCCGUUCAAGCUGCGAUCGACGUUGGAGUUGUUGGGGACUGGUCAUGUCGAGACGCUCCGCAGAGUUCGCGAAUCCCCCCACGACUCGCGAAUUGUGUACUUUUUCGGCGACCACUGCUUUGGCGCGCGCCGAGCCUGGGACAUGGUCAAGCCGUGGAAUUGCGCUGAACAUGACGAGUUUAUGCGAAUCGUGCUGAACGUCAAGCCUGUCGCUUGGGAAGAAGUGGAGACUUACCUUUCAGAAGAAGCCUCAACGCGCCUGCCGCCUGGGUUUACCCCGUCGGACAUGCGUUUGGUGGCGAGGGAUCCACAGGCUUCGUCCGACGAUGAAGGCGCCACGUCGGCAGCAGCACACACGACUGCUGUUGCCCCCAAGGCGGCCCGAUCGCUGGACGUGGACACUCGAAGCAGCCGGUCUCCAAAACGGAGAAAAUCCACUCGAAACCACCUCCCCGCGUCGCCGCCUCCAGUAACAACCAAACCUCGAACCGUUCCCAGCCAGUCCAGGCCUCCCCCUCCGGCUAAAAAGCGAGCGCGGUCGCCUUCGCCCACGGAGAACAACUCGAAUCAACCAACACGGGCCUCGUUUGACCCGAAAGAUAGCGCUGUGGCCAUCGGGCCUGGGUUCACCCAACCGAUGCGACAUGGAGGUGUGAUGCAAACCUCGAACAGCUAUGUCCGCCACACUCCGCCAUCCAAACGGCCAACCGAGCCCUACCGACCUGCUCCAGUCGCACCAGCAGUCAAGGAAGUCCGCAUCACCGAAACCGCGAUUAAAGACAUUCCGCUGGAUUCUAUGGCGUGGGCGCGACGCAGUGACACGUUGUCCGCGUCGUCGCCGUGGUGGCCCGUGUACGUAUGCGACCCCGAGCGCUUGCAGCCGACGCUUGAACAUUUGGGCAACCGGCACCAAAAACUAUUGGUCACUGCCAAGCAAUACCCCAACAGCCUCCGCCUCGUGUACUUGUUUGGGGGAACCCCGUCGUUCGACGUGUGUGCCAAGAACAUGGCGCGAUGGCGCGGCCCAGACCACGACCUCCUCUUGAAAGGGCAUCCAGCUCACGCAAUGACUGGGCGCGUGGUGCGCGAGUUCGCCCGAGCAGUACGGGAUGCUACGAAGUAUGCUGCGACGGACGCGUAUACCCGGCUUCUGCCGGACAUGGCCGAGUCCGACAUGGUGCCCCGCUACAUCCCCCCUCAAGUGCCGCCCUACUCGGUGGCGUGGGCUAAGUCGGGCGGCGACGACGCCCCGUGGCUCCCAGUGUACAUUUGCGACCACAACGCCCUCGACCCGUCGAAACACGACCUGGGUCGAGUGAACGACCGGCUCAUGAGCAUUGUCAAGGCCAAUCCUGAGCAUUAUCGCAUCGCGUACUUUUUUGGCACGCGUCACUUUGGGGUGCUCAAGCCAAAGUGCCUGGUGCAGUGGUGGAAUUGCCCCAACCACGCCCAAUACGUCCAAAGUCAUUCAAAUGACGUCGCUGGAGAUGACGACGAUGACGACGAUCUGUCUCUUGCCGUCGACGACACUUAUGCUUUUCUGGCCUCCGAUCAUCUCGCCAGACCGUUCCCGUACGACCUAGACUCGGAGCGCGAUCGACUGGAUCAGUACCUGGCGCCGCAGUCGGCGCAGCCAACCCCAAACCAUCCGCCGCCAACACCUGCUGUCAAAACGACACAUGAAGCAACCCCUGCUUCCAAGGCGCCGUCGGCCGAUAAACCAUCGCUUCCAAAACCUCGUCGCGGCCGACCCCCAAAGGAUCCGUCUCCCCCAACCGAUGCCGCAGUGAUCGCAGCAGCCAGCGUGCCAAGGGUGGACCCCGACGUGUGGACGACGAACGCGUGCGUUGCAUGGGCCAAACACAAGGGGUGUCCGUGGUGGCCUAGCUACCUGUGUGAUCCGACGUUUCUACGCGACGACCUCGUGCUUUUGGGCAGUAGCCAUCGACCAGACUUGGAGCGAGCCAAGCGAGAGCCGACCAAGUAUAAACUCGUCUAUUACUUUGGCUCGAACAAUUUCGGGUUGCACACGGUGGAUGCUUCCAAACCAAACAUGAAACCGUGGAACCACGCCGACCACAAGCUAUUUUGCUCGGGGUACCCGAUCAAGAUGAACGCCGAUGCCAAGAAAAUCCUGGACGAAUUCAAAGACGCGUUGAACGAGGCCGAGGCGUUCUUGAAGCGGGAUCCGCGCCAGCGGUUGCUUCCGUAUAUGGUCCCCACGGACAUGAACUUGGCGCUGCCGGCCCCGGAAAAGUACGCGAUUCCCCUCAACCAAAUGGUGUGGGCGCUGUCGGACGCGUAUCCGUGGCUACCAGCGUUUGUCUGCGACCCAGAACACUUGCCUUGCGACUUGCGCGCGUUGGGGAUCGAUGCCCGCAAGAUGCUGGCCAAAGCCCAGGCCAAACCCGACGAGUGCUGGCUGGUGUACUACUUUGGAAGCCGAACGUUCGCUCUGCAUAAAACGCGGGGAUCCAUCAAGUUGUGGGAGUGCAGCGAGUACGAGGCUUUGAUCAAGGGACAUGCCGAGUCGAUGGUGUUGGCCGACGAUGCCUGGGACGAGUUCGCCAAGGCCAUGUCGAAUGCGGCGGAUUUCAUGGCCAACGACCCAGCCGACCGGGUGCUUCCGGGCUUUGAGCCGACCAACACGUCUCGGACGGAUGAACCGGAUGCGAUUGACCUGACGUCGUCGCCCGAGGCGACCCCACCGUCGGGCCGGCGCCGCGAAGUGGCGUCUGGCAAACGACAUGCUUGUCGUCCGCGUCAGGAUGAAAGCGCCCCAAGUGAUCGUAGUGGCGACGACACUGCCACAGAUCAAGAGCUCGAGGGGGAACUGUCCGUCAACUCCAAGGUCAUGCGGAACAAGCGGUCGAUUAGUCAACACGCUGAAACGAAAAAAGCGGCCGACGACUUCAAGUACAACCCCACCCAGCGUCAAGUGUUGCAAGCGAUUGAACUCAAAGAGGAAGUGGCCCCUGACAAGAUUGAAGGCUUGUUGCCACUUGGUCGUGCGAAGCGACACUCAGGAACAAGCGACGCCACACAUGAAAAUGCUGCCGACAACAUGCAGCACUCGUCCGACACGUCAGAGAUUGUCGAGACAGAUCCAACCUUUAUGAAGUAUGAUCUCGAGGACGGCAUGCAGGACCUCUUGACACCCGUCGACCCGGAACCACCUGUGACGGACGGUGGAACCCCACAGAAGUCCACUGCGAACGACAAUGCUGCAUCACAUUCCACGAAGCUUGCAGGUAUUAUGCCUACGAUGCCAGAAGGGGCAAAGCUGAAUGAACAAGAUGGCGCGGUCAUUGGGGAUGCAUUGCCUGCACAAGAUCAAGACCGGAGAGUCAUGUGGGCAUUUGUGGACGGGCUUCGGUGGUGGCCCGUACAUCCUCUUGAAGAGGACCCAGGACCACGACCAAACAUCCAAGUGCUUCACUUUGGCACGUAUGUUCGGAGCGUAACAUCAUGGGACGCAUUAAGGCCUUGGCAUUGCGACGACCAUGGCUCAUGGGUUGCCACUGCUGCCACGGAAGAAGGCAGCGUCGCCGGCGUAUUCACCGUAGCCAUGGAAGAGGCAGAGAGUUUCUUGGAGUCGGGAGAGUUGCCUGCAAUAGACAGCAAGAGUGUGAUCGAAGGAGUUCCCACCGAUGACGACAGCCCCAUGCUAUGAAAGAACGAGUAGCAGCUCAUUGUAAAGUUAAACUGAUUUUUGUCCUAUA